AUGUCAAUCUGCCGCGCUGCCAACUAUCUCCGACCGAUGCUGCUGGCUCGCUAUGCGUCAUCUUUGACCGGUGCGUCAAAGGUUCAGCUUCAGAAACCAGCAGGCGAAACGGGUUUCUUCAGCUAUGGCCGAAAUCUUUCUCGCGAUCCGAAAACGGCUGCUAGCAUGAAGGCAUUGCAAGGAGAUACACCGAAGACGUUUAUGCUUCGACGGCUUGGACAUUGCUAUGAGGUCUACCCAUUCAUUGCUCUUGCUGCAACCCUGAUAACUGGGAUGGUACUGACAGGCUAUUACAGUUUCACGAAAAUUGAAGUAUGGAUGAAUAAAGCUGGAGGCAAACAUGACGCAGCACCAUGGGAUUGGGAACGUUCACGAGACAACUACUGGAAGUACGGAACUGUUUUCUUUGACCUAGAUGGUCGAACUCGCAAGCGCUGUGAGCUUAUGGAGGUGCUCCAGGACGAAAUGUUGGAAGCAGCAAAGAAGAGAGGAACGCGUUGA